UGGAUGAGAGGGAGAAAAAGGGAGAAGUGGGGUGAGAAAGAUAGAGAAAGAAAGAGGGAGAGCGAGGAAUGAAGGAGUGCAGUAGCGUUGAUUAACCAGUGGGCCGUCCCUCGGACUCGAUGCAUCAUAACAACACCGACCAAUCACAGCCUCGUGCGUCUCCAUGGUAACUGGGCUUCCUAGCUCCAGUUUAGGUGGAGACAAAGGGAGGAAUGGAGAAAAAGGGGGUAGGUGAAAAGAUGAAGAGCGAGCGAAUCGAUGUCUUCUGUUUUUUUUUUCUUUUUCUGAUGGCUGUUUUCACACCAAGCACUCCUCUCAUGCUGCCUUUAGUCACCUCACAGCUGAUGAGACCACAGACGAACACAACAACAAUAACAACAACAUCAUAACCAGACUAAGGCCAGUCGUUGAUGGUGAUACUGUAGGGAUGUCAGUGUGGCAGGCUUUCUGGCUGAUGGGGCUGUCGAGAGCUGGGAGAUGAGAUGACCCUUCAGUCACUGUAGAUUGGAUCUGCUGGUUAUGACAAGCUGUCUAAGUGCCGUCCUGCUUCUGAAAAGGGCUGAACGUUGACUGAGGACAUACACACACAGGAUUUGGAGAAGAAGUGUUGUCUUCGUUAGAGCGUUGGACUAGGAACCAAAAGUUUGCCUGAGCUGACAAGGUCUGAACCGUAAUGUGUUCCAUCCCGGCUGUUUGAUGAUGCUGCUGCUUGGGUAGAGUGGCUCGUUGAGACGACCCUCUGGCCCCCCCUGUGCCACCCCUGUGCCACCCCACCACCAAGCUACCAUGCUGAUCAAGGAGUAUCGGAUCCCCAUGCCUAUGAGCGUGGAAGAGUACCGCAUCGCCCAGCUCUACAUGAUCCAGAAGAAGAGCCGAGAGGAGAGUUGUGGUGAGGGUAGUGGGGUAGAGAUCCUAGAGAACAAGCCGUAUGAGGAUGGUCCAGGCGGGUCGGGUCAGUACACACACAAGGUGUAUCACAUCGGGAAACACAUCCCCUCAUGGUUCUGCUCCAUCCUGCCUCAGGCUGCUCUACGCGUGGAGGAGGAGUCCUGGAACGCCUACCCAUACACACGCACACGGUAUACCUGUCCAUUCGUAGAGAAGUUCUCCAUAGACAUUGAGACGUAUUAUAAACCUGACACAGGGACCCAAGAGUGCUUCAAUCUGUCAUCAGCAGACAAAAGAGCGAGGACUGUAGACCCCAUUGAUAUUGUGAAGGAUUACAUUGCGCCCCAUGAGUACCUGGUUGAGGAGGACCCUAAGCUGUAUGUAUCGGUGAAAACCCAGCGAGGACCACUGACUGACGACUGGGUCGAAAUGAUCAACCAGAACCCCACCCAGAACCCGGUCAUGUGUGCCUACAAGCUCUGCAAGGUGGAGUUCAGAUACUGGGGCAUGCAGUCCAAGAUAGAGCGCUUCAUACAUGAUGUUGGCCUGCGUAAGGUGAUGGUGCGUGCCCACCGGCAGGCGUGGUGCUGGCAGGAUGAAUGGUACGGUCUGACCAUAGAGGACAUCAGACAGCUGGAGCUGGAGACCCAGCUAGCCCUGGCCACGAAGAUGGCCCAGUAUAGCCUCAGUGACACCGAGGAGUGCGCAGCAGAGUCCAACAGGACCCCCGUCACACCUGAGCGGGACUUAGAGGGGUCCCUGCGGGACGGGGGAGAGGUGGAGGGAGGAGGGGCAGGGCUGGGAGAUACGUUACAUACGCGUGGAGAGCUCACCAAGCAGUGGUCAACUUCAUCCAGGUCGUCUAAUAGAUCCUCGAAGAGAGGAGGAAGUCCUGUGAACCAGAACAUCUCAGAGUGGCGGAUGCAGAGUAUCGCUCGUGACUCAGAGGACAGCACUGACGACGAGUUCUUCGAUGCUCCCGAGGACUUCUCUGGAGAUGAGGAGAUGUUAUUACAUGCCAAGGAGAUGAACAAGUGGAGUUCCAACGACCUGAUGGACAAGAUAGAGACUACAGAGACAGACGAAGGCCAGGAGAGCCUGUAUCAGGAGUCGGGUGAAGACUAUACAGUAACCAGUAGUGAGGAACGACUGAUUGAGCGUCACGUCUCUGGUAAACGGAGACGUCGUUCCACUGUCAGGUCCCACAGACGACCAGCUGAUGGGUCGUCUCAGCAGUGUCUGACGCCCUCCAAGAUCCACGUUCUGGUUCUGGUUCUACACGGGGGUAACAUAUUAGACACUGGAGCAGGUGAGCCAAGUAGUAAGCAGGCUGACGUCAACACUCUGAGUGGAGCAUUUGAGACUGUGAUGAGAGUACAUUACCCAGCAGCCCUAGGACGCAUUGCCAUCCGCAUGGUUCCCUGCCCGGCGGUGUGUGCCGAUGCCUUUUCACAGGUUUCCAAUCUCAGUCCCUAUAGUUUUGAUGAGGGCUGCCUUUCCAACAGUCAGGACCACAUCCCUCUGGCUGCACUGCCUCUAUUGGCCACUUCCGCUCCGCAGUACCAAGACUCCGUGGCAACCGUCAUCCAAAGAGCCAAUCAGGUGUAUGGAGACUUUAUCAGGUCCUUGGAAGGGGCAUCCUUCUCCGGACAGGUGUGUGUGAUCGGGGACUGUGUAGGUGGUAUCCUAGGGUUUGAUGCGCUGUGCAGCAGUAACGUCAUCGUUUCAGAAAGCCAGAACAGCAGUAGACGAGGCAGCACCAUCAGCGUACAGGAUACAGACCUCCUCUCCCCUGGCAUCAUAAUAAACAGUGUCUCUCUGUCUUCUCCGUCUUCUCCGACUCUGGAGGGCAGUCGCCAUCUUAGUCGCAGUAACAUUGACAUCCCUCGCAGCUCAGGGCCUGACGACCCCAAGAGAAUGCUGCCUCGCAAACGCAGCGACUCCUCCACCUACGAACUAGACACCAUCAAACACCACCAGGCAUUCCUGUCCAGUCUCCAUAGCAGUGUAUUGAGAACAGACUCAGGUUCGAGGCGCUCCAGCGGGAGUACCAUGCUAGAGGGAGGGAGGCUGGACUUCGAGGUGGCAGACUUCUUCCUCUUUGGUUCACCUCUGGGGCUGGUGCUGGCACUGAGGAAGACUGUGGUGCCGUCCAUAGAUGUCUCAUCAUUGCGUCCGGCCUGUCAGCAGCUAUAUAACCUGUUUCAUCCAGCGGACCCCUCUGCCUCCCGCCUGGAGCCCCUUCUAGAGAAGAGGUUUCACCAGCUGCCCCCCUUCUGUGUCCCCCGAUACCAACGCUUCCCUCUGGGGGACGGACACUCUGCUCUGCUGGUGGAGACUAUGCAGAGUAACCCCCAUCUCCUGUUGGAGUCAGUACCCCUGCGUUGCCAGGAGGGGGGCGUCAGUGAGACCUCCAUCCCCGUCCCUGUACGCAGCUGGCCCCAGCAGGCCUCACAGCUCAACGACACGGACAUGUUAGUGGACACCCAGUACCCGUCCUCCCCACUGACUGGACCCCCCCACUCCAGGGGCCCCCGUAGGUCCAGUGAGGCCAGCAUCGCUAGCCAGGUGUCAGGCAUGGCCGACUCAUACACCGCCUCCAACAUCGCCAACACUACUAAAUGCUAUAGCAGUUCGUCUAAGAAGCUGGGUCUCCUCUCCCAGCUUGCGCUUUCUAAACUCCCCUUGAGGAGCCCCUCUCCACGAGCCAGGAAGAAGAUACGACCCUUCCUCACUCUCAGACACACCGACUCAGAGCAGGGUGACGAUGAUGUCACCUCUGACAUCACUUCCUCUGAUGUCUCGUCAGACCUGCCCUCUGACUUCACUGAUGUCACCUCUGAUGUCACCUCUGACAUCACCGAUACGAACUCUGACCCUCCGUCUCCAGAUACGCUGAUGGACAUAGAGCAAGUUGCGUCUCGGUGGUGGGGCAGCAAGCGGAUGGACUUUGCCCUGUACUGUCCUGAUGCCCUCACAGCCUUCCCCACUGUAGCUCUGCCUCACCUCUUCCAUGCUUCAUACUGGGAGUCCACUGACGUUGUCUCCUUCCUACUCAGACAGGUGAUGAGGCAUGAGAACUCUAGUAUUCUGGAGCUGGAUGGUAAAGAGGUGACCGAGUUCAAGCCUUCUAAACCCAGAGAGAAAUGGCUGCGCAAGAGGACACACGUCAAGAUCAGGAACGUUACGGCCAACCACCGUGUGAAUGAUGCUGUGUUCACUGAGGAUGGAACACAGCUGGUGAUGGGACGCUUCAUGUACGGACCUCUGGACAUGGUCACUCUCACUGGGGAGAAGAUUGAUAUCCACAUCAUGACCCAGCCCCCCUCAGGAGAGUGGAUGUACUUUGACACCGAGCUGACCAAUAGCAGCGGACGCAUCUCCUAUGUCAUCCCAGAGAGCAAGAGGCUGGGCAUUGGAGUUUAUCCUGUCAAACUGGUCGUCAGGGGUGACCAUACAUUUGCGGACAGCUACCUGACGGUGUUGCCGCGGGGAACAGAGUUUGUAGUGUUCAGUAUUGAUGGCUCGUUUGCUGCCAGUGUGUCCAUCAUGGGAAGUGACCCCAAGGUCAGAGCUGGAGCUGUAGAUGUGGUCAGACACUGGCAGGACUUGGGCUAUCUGAUAGUGUAUGUGACAGGUCGUCCAGACAUGCAGAAGCAGCGUGUGGUGGCCUGGCUGUCUCAACAUAACUUCCCUCAUGGCAUCGUGUCCUUCUGUGACGGCCUGGUCCACGACCCCCUCAGACACAAGGCCAACUUCCUCAAGGCCCUCAUCUGUGAGGCCCAUAUGAAGAUCUUUGCUGCUUACGGCUCUACUAAGGACAUUUCAGUGUACUCCUCAAUAGGCCUGCCCCCGUCACACAUCUACAUAGUGGGGCGGCCCACCAAGAAGAUGUCCAGCCAGUGUCAGUUCAUCCCAGAUGGCUAUGCGUCUCAUCUCUCCCAGCUGGAGUACAGUCAGAGGUCUCGUCCUGCCAAGACCGCCAGUGCCCGUAUCGUCCUCCGUAAGGGCAGCUUUGGACUGGGCGCGGCCGGUGGGGACUACCUCCGCAAGCGCAACCACAUCCUGCGCUCAAUCAACCCAACUGGGGGGGUAGUUUCUAGCUCCUCUGGCCAACCAGGACGUACGGAACGCACGCUGAGCCAAUGCGAGGUGGAGAGGGAGAAAGCAGCGGGGACCCAGAGGAGUAUGAGUAUAGCAGCUGGGUGUUGGGGCCGCACCGGGAGCACCAAGGAGGAGUCAGGAGGGUUACUCAGCCCUAAGUAGGGCUCGCCAGACUGGGCUACAGGGGGAGGGGACCCUGCCUGACGGGACAUGAGCACCAUCUCUGGACUGGCCCUGAGAGAGAGAUGGAGAGAGGAGGAAAUAUGGUGAGAGAGAGAGAUAAAGAAAAUUAUGGGAUGAAAGAGGGGAGGGAUAGGGUUAACAGAGGGAUGGAAAGAGAGGGAAAAGGGCAGAGAGGGUCUCUGGGAAAAUGGAUAUAAAGCCAGAAAGAUGGGUGUUGCUCUAACUUUGAUGUACAUUUUCUAAAGACGUUUCUACCUUAUCAUGAGAGUCUCAUAGUCAAGACUUUUAUAUUACCUAUCUUGGCCACGAAAAGAACUGUAAGGAAAAACGAAACAUUUAAACAAACUAUCGUAAGCCUUAAUCGUUGCCCCCUUGGGGCCUGGAAGGCCCACCCUGGUCCGAGGAAUGGUUGAAUUUACUCUCUGCAUCUAAAGGACAAUGGGAAUUCACAACCACCCCAGCUCAGGACAGGCCCAGACAGUGGAGCCAUCAAAAGAAGUGUCAAUGGUGACCUGGAGGUCAGGGUGGUCAGUUUGUAGCCAUGGCAACAAGCCAACAACUUCACUUCUGAUUUUAUCCCUUUAUCUUCGCUGAGAUACUGUCAACAAAGAAGCACCAUUACCCUAAAGAAAGAUUGAGGGAAGAGGAGAAGAAAGAGGGAGAAGGAUACAUGGAAAGAGGGUAGAUACAGAGAGAGAUGCAAGGCAAAAGGGAGGGAUGAGGUGUAGAAUUUCCCUCUAGUCUCUAUUUUCCUCUAAUGUUUCCAGUGUGGUACUACACAGUGAUUUAUACUGUCAACGUUGGCUCCACUCCAGUCCUUUUAAGUCAAUAACAGAGUAGCUACAGUACCAGUACCAUGUAUCUCAGUUUGGCCUGUGGGCUGUCCCAGGCCUUAAACACCAACGACAUGUUUAUGAGUCAGACUCUGAAGGAACCCAGGACUGAGCUUAACAAGGCUUGGCUUUGAUAUAACAGAAGACAUUAGUGACACAUUUUCUCAGACAGAUAACAGCAACAAUCCCUUUACCAGACCAUCUGCUUGCAAUACCUUUGAGCCACCAGUGGUAGGCACUCUCCCACUCUGUUUUCCAUAAGCAUGAUGCUGUUGGUAGUCAUUCAGUCCAUCAUGCGGCACCCCCUAGCGCUCAACGUUUGUCAUUACACACAAUUCAGUGACCACUGGACUUCCCUAUGAUACUCUGAGGAGUCUGAGCUCUUUCAUUCUUGAGGGAUGGGAUGAAUGCUAUUCAUUAGACAUUACUACAUUUCAGUCUGGAUAAAGACAUGCUUUGAUUACACUUUAUUUUACAGUUCCCCUAUCCUGUUUUAGUUUACCUGGUAGUAAUACCUCAUGAUAGACGCCUGCUGAUACCAAGUUGUUUCCAACUGUGAUUAAUUAUCUGAAGUACCAGAGAAUAUACAAUGUUAUUCCUUAGCAAAUACCACUGAUGCUUUGACUAAAUCCAUGGCAACCUGUACACAAAAUGAAAGAUGAACACCUAACAGAGAAGCAGUAGUAGGGUUGCACCCUUUUCUAUCAUACUGUCCUGUUGUCUGGCGCCUACUGGUUAGAUAUUGAUAUGAGAGAGUGUUCCUUUAUCCUCCACUUCAAAUAUAUUCCCAUUACUAAUCACACAAAGCCAACGCAGGGCCAAAACACCAAUCUCUCUCUUAACGGCUGCAGUAUCUCAACCUGUUCAACCUCGUUGUUCUUAGCACUAGUUUAUGGCGGAGAAUCUAGUUACCAUCUCAUGUAGCUGCAUAUUGUUACCUUUGUAGUGCAUGAUAUAAUAACUAUUCAUUAUUGCAGGGUCUGUGUGCUACAGUACUGACACUAGUGUACAUUUUUUAAAUGUCAGGAUUACUUAAUAAUGUAAGUAAAUGUGCCAAGAACAAGACAGUUGUUGGUUUGGUGUGGAAAGAUAAUGUACCAGGCUGUAUCCAACCUUUCCUUUGUGCUGUGUAUGGUGAGAUGAGUUGGAGCUUGUUGCAUUGAGAUCAUGGCGGUGUAGCUUUAACUAAAAGGCUGUGCUGUUAUAUACUGUAUUUUACAGAUGUAAAUCUAUGAAUUUGUAGAUAUGUUUUAAUCCAACAUAUUGUCCAUAUCUAAGUAAAGGACAUAAUUGCUGAUAUAGGAUGUGGUUAUGGUUUCACUUAUGACUUGAGCGCUUGUAAGCUCAAGCAUGUUGCUUUGAUUCUAGGGACACUAUUGUCAACUACAGUAGGGUGGCAGGUAGCCAAGCUGUUAGAGUAUUGGACCAGUAACUAAAAGUUUGCUGGUUUUAAUAACCCAGGCUGACAAAGUGAAAAAAAUCCCUUAUAAAACAACUAAUUU